GAUAUACACACAUACAUUCCACAAUUUAUUUAAUAUCAUAUUUAGAUUUUUUUCAUCAGACCACAUAACAUAUAAGGCAAACAGACAGCAAUAGUAAAGCUUAUUCUAUAUUGAUGCCAGACAAUUAGCCAACUAAAAUCUCUGGGAAAAUAAGUCUGCCUGAUUCAUUUAAAAAUCACCAACACACACAUAGAUAUAUCUACAUAGGUGUUGUAAUGUAUGCCUUUAUCCAAAUACUUUGGUGCAGCCUACGCAAUAUUAAUUCCUUUUAUAAAGCACAAUGCAUAUGGAAAAUAUUUCCAUAUAGGAAGACGUGAUAUCCUAGUAACUGUUAUAUAUAUUUUUAAAGAAUAUUUGUAAUUAUUACAAAUAAUCGUAGUACUAACGUGAGAUCACUUGGUGAAAAAAAAUCAAAAUAUUUGUGUAUUCUGAUUCUUCAUUUGAAUAAUAGACAAAUCUCAAUAUUAAAAUACAAGGAGAGAAUAUGGAAGGUGCAGCACGUCAUGCUCAAAGAUUAGCUGGAAAUUUUCUUGAAGAUAUGGAAGCAAUACAAAAAGCUUCUCGUGAAAGAGAUAGACGGGCGAUGAGUCAUUUUGAAACUAAUUCUGUGAGUUCAAAUAACAUUUAUCCACCGCCAAUGGAUUGGGUACCAAGACGUCGAAGUUUAAGCGGAACACCAUUUAGAACUAGCUGUUAUCCAAUGAUUUAUUAUUCUUCAACACAACUUCCCAGAAGAAGAUCACUUUGUGUUCCACGGCGUCGUUAUUCAUUUUCCACUCAGCGAAAUGCCUAUACUGAACCUAAUAAAGUCACUUUGGUUGGUAAAUCCAUGUCCAACUAUUCUCGUCCAUAUUUUGUGUAUAACAGUGCAGGCAGUAGUUUAUACCAAACUCCAGAAUCAAACGGUUAUUAUCGACCUCAUUUGAGACCAACGAUCUGGCGUGAUUAUGAAGUCAACAGGCCUAUGAACAAUGAAAUUUUGCCAACAUCAUACUUACAUGCUAGUUCACCGCCAAAACAACAUAUUUUAUCUCCGAAAGCUAAAGUCUAUCUGAAGUAUCGAUCUCUUCAAAAUUUAAGUAAUCUAUACGAUGGUGCAGAUGAUGAGAACGGUAUGCCACGUGUAAUCCAUACAUCAUAUAGCCGUAAUUUUCCACUGCAUACUAGUCGUUUGAGUUCAGUGCCACCGUCAGCAGUUGGGACGUAUCGUUCAACAAUAACUAGUACAGAUUAUGGAUUGCCACCUGUUGUACAUCGAAAUUACAGAACGAAUCGGUAUAUUUAUGAAACACCAUAUUAUACAUCAACAUAUAGUAAUAUUGAACCUAUAAGAACUACUUAUACAAGUAUUGGACCAAGACGAUAUACAUAUUAUUAUCCAUCAGUUGUUACUACAAGACCAUUGUCGAGUUCAGGUUCGUAUAGUAACUUGUCUAGUGAUAUGCAAGCUGAGCGUAGACGAAUUGAACGUCGUAUGGACGAUUUACUGGAAUACAAAUUGCCCUCACCUGAAUACUACAGGGAAAUGAGGGGAUCCCUACGUGCAUUGAAUGACAAAUUAGAUGUUCAUCGGAAAAUGCUUGAUCGUUACUCCGGAAUUGAUAUGAACGCUACAACUGCAUCAGUACAAGAUCGAAUUGAAUCAAAAUAUCAACAACUUGCAAGCAGAAUGGGCCGUCGAACCACUAUUUGUUCCAUACUAGAAUGCCAGAAUUGAAUGGAUACAGAUCACAUGGACCAAGUCUGAAUACAUCAGAGCUUGAGACAAAUCUUUAUUAUACAAGUCCAAAGACAACAAUGGUAUAGUCGGAAAAAUAAUAAUAAUAAUAAUGAUUUGUGGUUAAUAUUAGUUAGAGAGGGAAUAGGUAGUUUACUCCGGAAGCUAAUAAGAUACAGCUAUGAUAACUUUACCAGAAGAAAAUUGUUGUUCUUAUAGACGAAAUAUAAUUUAAAAGCUGAUACCUGUUAAAUAAUUAGUAAUAGUAUGAUGUAUUUUUGUAAUUAUCAUAUCAAAACUCCUUUACUAUUAUAUUUAUUACUUUAAUAAAAUACUAUCGAACAUGUAUGACAAUUCGAUUGAAUAGAUUUAAUGGAAAACUCAUUUGUUUUAAUUAUUUAAAUUUUCGUAAUUAGAAGUUAAAAUACAAUUUAUGUAAUGAAACAAUCGUAAAUACAUUGAAACAUUGAUAUAUAUGCAUGAAAUAUGUAUGUAUUUUGCAUGGGUACGAUUUAUUUUAACUCUCAGUAUUAUUCAAUAUUGUUUAGUCUAACAUAAUAACUGUUGGUUUUCAUAUAUUGUAUUGAAUAGACAACUAUUCCUAUUUGAUGCAUGAAUAUGUGUAUUAUAAAUGUGCCUAUGUAUUGGAAGAAAAUGUAACCAUGCAAAUAAUUUAACUGAUAUUAUAGAAAAUAUUAUAAAUUUCUUGGAAUGUUACUUAUUUCAUUAAAUAAACUACAUAUAACAUAUAUUCAUAUAAAUGUGUGUAGUUUGAAAGGAAAAUUCUACGAACAUUACUUUCCAUCUCAUCAUAAUUGUUUAAAAGUAACAGUUGUGAAAAUGUUUCUACUUAUAUGUACUUGAUUCAGUUCAUGAUAUCAUAUACACUCAGUAAUGUAAAGGAAUAUACAAUAUAAUGGUUUAAUAUAACGAACCGUAUACAUAAAUCAUAUUCGAACUGUUACAUAAAAUACAAUCAAGAUAAGUAGUUAACAAGUAAUCUAUUAGGAAAGAAUGAAGUUCUACACACACAAAAAAACAACCUAUGAUUAGUGAUAAACAAACUUUUUGGGUGACUGGAAUCACUAAACUUGUUAAUAAUCACUUAUAUUUGUAAGACGAAAUUAUUGAAUUUUUUGUGAAAAAUUUAAGAAUUCUGAAGCAAAAGUAUUCAAUUACAAUUGCAUUCAGUAAAAUGUACAUUUACAGGAGCGAUAUCAGAACUAGAAUGUUAAUGGAUAUUGCUGAUAUAAUUCUAUUUACUAUGAGCUACUAACAAUUUUAAACUUAUCCUUAGAUAUGAAAUAUAAGUAUGCAUGUAAGUAAAAUAUUUGUUAUAACCAAAGUCUCCUAGUUUCCUAUAAUAUGUUUGUAUUUUAUUUGUAGGGCUAUGGGAAGGGAUUAGUGUAUCCUGAAGGUAGUCAGACUUCUGAACUAAGGGGAAGAAUUAAACGUCUUUUGUGUCGUUCCCGACGUGAUCCUCAUUAUUAUCGUUAUCUACCAACAGGAGUCGUAUAAAUACUUCAAUUAGACUAUAAUGAAUCCAUAUACUUGGUGUUUGAAGUGAUUAUUGUUAUUAUUAUUAUUAAACUUAUGUUAUAUUAUACCGCAUGCUUAUUCAAAUUGAUAAUCCCUUGAUUUUGUUCUUCAUGUUUUUAUUACUUUUUCAGUUGAACUCCUAUUUUGCUUUUUCUAAUCUAUAUUAUUCUUGUUAUGAUAUUUCCUAGUUAAUAAUUUGAUGAAGAAGAACAGUUUCAGCAUUUUCUGCAACACACAUGUUUAUUCCCAAG